UGCGAACAGUGUCAUCGAGCGCGGAGACACUGCACAUCCAAAGGGUAACCAUGGUAUUUAUAUAUUUGAUUGCAUCGUGAAUACUUUAUCAAAAAGCAAAAAUACUUGCACUGUUACGGAAACAUGGAGAUGUACUUAAAAAGAAUCCGAUGGAUAUUUUGGAACGGGCUGGCACUGCUGCUCCUGAGCAGAUUGACACUCGGAGCCUCCUUCUAUGGUGAUGGUUUUGUGCACCUGAAGACAAUGACAUCUUCCACCCACACAUCCCUGCACAUCCAGUUUCGCACCCCCAGCUCCAAAGGACUUCUGUUCCUCGCUGCAGGACAGACUGACUACCUCCUGGUGGAGCUGCUCUGUGGCCUUCUGCAGGUGACAUUGGAACUGGGCUCUGGAAAGCAGGUGCUUCAUUCAGAAAGAGGAGGGCCCCUGAACGACAUGGCCUGGCAUUCAGUGACACUUCACCAUGAGCACCAUGAUGUCACACUGAUUGUGGACAAUCGGUCUCAGAGCAGCCUGACGAUGCCAGGGUCAGAGAAGGAGCUCAUUGUGGAGGACGGGCUUUUCCUUGGUGGACCUGGCAGCCUGGUGAAGCCCUACCUCCUCCGCAACCUGACUGGCUUCCGUGGCUGCAUCGACGAGGCGCUGUUCAACGAGCACAGCCUCCUGUCGUCACUGAGGCCAUGCCCUGGCUUCAGAGAUGUCCAUGAGGUUCACCCGGGCUGCAGUACGCAGUUCUCUGCAGCCACAGAAGAUCCAGUGGGCUUCUUGAGCUCCAGAGCUUACAUGGCCCUCCCACCCUGGAACACUCAGCCAGAGGGUCGGUUUGAGUGCCUGGUGCACACUUCAACACAGGAGGGUAUCAUCCUGUACAGCUCAGCCUAUCAAGGGGGCUUUGUGGCCUUGGAGAUGCAUGAGGGUAUGUUGGUCGCUAUUGUGGGCAAAGGCCAGACCCAGAACCAGUUACGCUCCCUUUCUUUACUUAAUGACAGACAAUGGCAUUCUGUCAGGCUCCACUUUACCACCAGGAGCAUUAACCUGAAGGUGGACACGGAGACUGUACAAGCCAGCAUUGACUCCUCCUCCCAACCUCUUCACUUAAGUGGCCCCCUUUAUGUGGGUGGAGUUGAUGAUGUCAUCCACAUGGAUGUCAGAAAGAUGGGGCUGGUUUCUGGGUCCAGUAGACAUGCCAGAGGAGACUCUUUCAAAGGUUGUUUGAAGAACAUCACUGUCAAUGCUGUUAGGAUGGGUCUUCCCAGUGCUAUGGUGACAAAAGACAUCUUUGCGGGCUGUGAGCUUGAGAAAGAAACAGAAACUAAUAUUGCAAGGACCCAAAGAACUGUAAAGGGUGCUCUGACUCCCUCUGUCAGCCCGGCACAACCAGUCCACACGUCCAUCCUCAUCGAAGAUCUUCAGAAGCGUUAUGUACAGAACCUAAUUCUCACGGAUCUUGUGGUUACAGAGGGUGGCUAUGCGAUCCUGGAACUAAAGCACUUCAAGGUGAACCUGGAUUAUCUGGAUAUAGAGGCUAGCCAGGUAAAGUUCAGAAUCAAGGAGCAACCAGUUCAUGGUCGGUUGAUUCUAGAUGUAGACCAAGAUCAAGAAGAGAAUACCUUUAGCUUGUUGGAUUUGCAGCAAAAGAGGGUUCUGUACAUCCACGGGGGUUCUGAAGAUCCACUAGACUUCUUUAUGUUCUCUGUCUUUGCUAACAGUGAAAGGGAAGUCUACAAUUACCUGAAUGAAAAUAUUACAUACAGAUACAAUAUCACUGUCACCCCAACUAAUGAUGCUCCUGAAUUGAGCCUCCCUGAUGGGAACCUCUUUGUGCUGCUGGAGAACUCCAAAAAGCUCCUGACCCCUGAUGUGUUAAAAGCUACUGACAUAGACAGCAACUCUGCAGACCUGGUCUUUUCUGUGGUUGGUCGCCCAGAUGCUGAUUCAGGGUUUUUGGAGGUUGACGUUAACCCUGGCAAAGCGGUAACUGCAUUCUCUCAUUCUGACUUGGAAGAUGGGAAGGUCAGAUAUGUCCACACUGGGGUCAGGAACUCAAAGGUGGCAUUUAGGGUCAGUGACGGAGACAAAGAAAGCAACACUGUGGUCCUGAGGAUAAUGGCCAUUCGACUGGAGUACAAAAUUGCCAACAACACAGGCCUGGAAGUCACGCAGGGCUCUAUGGCUCUGAUAGGCUCACGGCACCUGGCAGUGCAGACAAAUGCCAUAAAUCAGACAGUGGAAAUCCGCUAUGAUGUCAUUGAGCCCCCCCAGUACGGGGAGCUCCAGAGACUACACAGCAGUGGUGAAUGGAAGCCUGUCAGUACGUUCUCCCAGAGACUGUUGGAGAAGGAACGCCUCAAGUAUCUCAGCACUUUUCAUGAAAUCCAGACUGGCAACAUUACAGAUCACUUCAAGUGUAAGGUCAAGGUGGGCCCAAGAGAUACUGAAGAGCUUGUGUUCCCAGUCGUAGUUAGGUGGAUACAGUACAAGCUAAUAAGGAAGGAAAUAUUGGAAGUCAACAAAAUGAGGAGAGUCAUACUGGACUCCCAGCACCUUCACGUCAUUACCCAAGGUGUGCAGCUGUCUGAGAGUGAGAUUCACUUUAGGCUGAAGACAUCACCAAAGAAAGGAAACCUUCUACUCAACAACAUGAUCCUGAAGAAAAACUCAUCAUUCAGCCAAAGAAAUGUUACUGAUCUGAAGGUUCAAUAUGAGCUGGUAGAUCAACCACGCAUUGACACACAGGAUGUGUUCACCUUCCAAGUGUUUUCUAAGCAUGCACGUUCAGGGAAUUAUGACUUCAGAAUUGCCAUUAAGGUAGACAUGGACACCAUUUUCUUAGAUAAUAAUGGACUGUCCGUAAUAGAAGGGGGAAGUAAACGGGUCACUAAGGAUGCUCUUUAUUCAGAAACUCUGGGAACAAAAGCUGUGUACUACACUAUCAAGGAUGGUCCCAGACAUGGGAAACUAGUAUUCUCUAACUCUACAUUAGGCAAAAGCAGUGUCAUAGCCUUCACCAACCAGGAUAUUCUAGAGGAGCGGAUCAUAUAUAUCCAUGAUGGCAGUGAAACCAUGCAUGAUCGGUUUACAUUUGUCACCUCAGUCAAUCAGAUAUCAGAGCCCAUUUUGAACUGGAGCAGCAGAGCAGUGGAGGGUGCAUUCAAUAUCUCUGUCCAGCCGGUCAAUGAUGAGAAACCUGUCCGAGUGGUCAAUAAAGUGUUCCAUGUGGUCCGAGAAGGACAGAGGCUGUUGACGCUGGACGACCUGUGUUUCCAUGACCCAGACUCAGACUUCAAUGAUGAGCAACUGGUCUACACCCGCCGCGUUGUGCCAAUGGGGGAACUGGUCAUGGUGAACGACACCUCACGCAAGCUGUAUAUGUUCCUGCAGAAAGACCUGAAGCAGAAGCAGGUCCUUUUUGUCCAUAGAGGGGUAAGCUCUGGGCGUUUCGUGCUCUUUGUCUCAGAUGGGAAACACCAUUCCUCCACGCUGCUGGAUGUCAGAGCGCAUGACCCCUAUCUUAACAUUGACAACAGGACGGACCUGCUGGUCCAAAAGGGGCAGGCGAGCGUCUUCAGUUCGUCCAAAUUCAGCGUAGACACCAACAUGGACGUCAGAGAUGACGGGGAGAUGUCUUACAAGAUGGUUGUCCCUCCACAGCACGGUGGUCUUUACCGUGGCAAUACGAUAGUGGACUCCUUCACUCAGCAGGACCUGAAGAUGGGCCAUCUGUUCUAUCGUCAUGACGGUAGCAGCAACCUGGAGGACUCUUUCAGUUUCACUGUAAGAGUUAAAGAAAUUCGCCUCAAUGCAGGAGUUAAUGUGAGAGUGUACUUGAGGAGCCAGCAGGGACCUCUCAAAGUCAUGCGUAAUGAAACUUUACUGGUGGAGGAGGGCAAGUCUGUGACGAUCAAUAAAACAACUCUGGAGGUUGCCCAUGAGGACAGUUUGUCAUUAGAGAUUGUGUACACGGUGAAGAACCCCCCAGCUCACGGCUAUCUCUGGAGGUUUGCCAAAGGUGGGUCAGGCGACUCGGGCACGGAGAAAACUGCCGUGAGGUCCUUCUCCCAGACCGACGUAAAUUCUGGGAUCAUCCGGUACGUGCAGAUGGAGCCUGGGCAGGCGUGGGACGCGUUCGAGCUGGACGCCACCAAUGGGGUCACACAAGUCAGCGACAUACACAUGUUUGUGGAUAUCGUUCCUCGCUACAUCCCUCUUUGGGUCUCCAGUGUAACUGUGCAGGAGGGGGCUUCGAAGACUCUGAGUGAGGAAGUAAUUAAAGUCCCCGACCGGCGCUUCUCUGCUCCCAACCUACUCUUCACUGUCAGCAGUCCCCCUCAGCAGGGACGCAUCGAGCACUCUUACUUCCCCGGCAUCCCCAUUAUCACUUUCACCAGGAAGCAGGUUGAGCAGGAGUUAAUACGCUAUGUUCAUGAGGGCAGUGGCGCCCUUGAAGACAGCUUCACUGUGAUAGCCAGUGACGUUGAGCUCCGAAAAGAGAGCCUGCCCCAGACAGUGCAUGUUUGGGUGGCAGCUGGCAAGAGUAAUGCUCCGGUCAUCACGGCCAACAGGAUCCUACGGGUGUGGGAGGGCUCUGUCAGGGAGAUUGGCCCCCGUGAUCUCUGCGCCUGGGACAAAGACACGCCCCCUGAGGGUCUGUAUUACACCAUCACCCCACCCACCAAUGGCCACCUGGCCCUCAAGAGCGCCCCCGCCAGGCAAAUCUUCAACUUCACCCAGGCUCUCAUUGACCAGGGCCAGCUGCUCUUCGUUCACAACGGUGUCAUGGCAGGGGGGUUUAACUUUCAGGUGAAUGACGGGGUGAACUUUGCCCCCCCGCAGACCUUCAGUGUCGUGGCCACACCUUUGGUCGUCAGGUUGGAGAGGAACCGGCCCCUCCGGGUGAUCCCAGGCUCCACAACGCCCAUAGACAGGGAGGACCUGCUGGCGGUAACCAAUGACAAUGACACCAAAGAGAACCGCACUAUUCUCUUCAAUGUGACCAGUCCACCAAAGCUAGGAGAGCUUGUGAAUGUGGGCUCCGACAGCACUGCAGAAAUAUCCUCCUUCACUCAAAAAAUGGUGAACGAGGGCAUGGUCGCGUAUAAACACAAACGCCAAAGGCACGUGGAAGGGUCCGCUUCAGAUGCCUUCACUUUCGCCCUUUUUUCACCACCCGCCUCCCUCGAAGCUCUGGUAUUCCACAUCCACAUCAGCCCCAGUACUGGCCCUGAAGGAAAAGGCCUCCUCCACCUCAACACCGGUGCUGUUGUGACUGAAGGUGGAAGAGUUGUCAUUGACAAGUCAAAGCUGGAUGCUUCAAACCUCCUGGACAGACUACCUGAAGCAUGGCAGCAUGCCUAUGAAAUCUGGUAUCGGGUCACAUCUCUGCCCAAACAUGGUGUCAUUAUGGUGGGCUGGGAAAACUUGACAAAUCAGAAUCCAACUUUCUCCCAGUCUAUCCUGAAUGAGGAAGGGAUCGCUUACUUGCAUGACGACUCUGAAGUGGCACAAGACACUUUUGCCUUCAGCGUGUGGCUGGAACGGAAAGGUGGACUGGAGCAAUGGUGGCGGGAAGGCAGCGAGGAAGUGGAGGCCUCCUUCUACAUCACCGUGACACCUGUGAACGACCAGCCGCCGCUGCUCAAAACUGUGGCCCCUAGUCUGUGGGUGCCUCGAGGAGAUGUGGUAGCUUUGGGGCCAGACAACCUGAACGUGGUGGACCUGGACAACCCUCCAGAGGAUAUCAAAUACACUGUGGUCCAGGAACCCAGCAAUGGGUUCCUGGCCCUGGAGGGACGCUUGGACGAGCCCAUACUCGCCUUCACCCAGGCCAGCAUCAACAGUGGGAAGGUGUACUUUGUCCAAGAUGGAAGUCCUUUCUCCGGGCUGACCUCCUUGAGUGUAUCAGAUGGCAAACACCUACCAGUCUACACUCUGCUGCAUCUGCAGGUGGCUGAGGGUGGCUCUCCUGUGAGCAACCGUGGGUUGAUACUGGAGCAGGGGCAGUCCUCUGUGAUUCUGACCCGGGAGCUCCUGGCUGCAGUGACCAAUGAGAAAGAUGCAAACAUCCAUUAUCAGGUGACAAGGCCUCCACGCUAUGGCAAGCUUCUCAUGGACAACAAAGUAGCUACCCUGUUUGAUCAAGAAGAUCUGUGGUUGGGAAAGUUGUCCUAUCACAUGGUGGAUCUCUCAUCACCCCACGAUAGCUUUGAGUUCACUGCCUUUAUGUCCGGGCAAAACGUGACUGAGCAGUCAGUCAACAUCAAAGUGAAACCUCUAAUCCGACUAGGAGCAGGACUGAGGAUCCCAAAUGGCAUUGCUGUGAAGUUGGGGAAGGACUUUCUCGAUGCCACUGUUUUAGCAGUGUUAAGUGGCAGCGAUCCUCAAUUUGAAAUUCUCCCACCUCCCAAGCGCAGCAAAGUGGUCCACGCUUUGAUCGCCAAGAAUGGGGCGUCUCGGUCCAUCACGUCUUUCUCUUUCAAGGACGUGGAGCAAGGAAGGCUCACCAUCACAGUGACCACAAACUUGGCCGGGGUCCAGGAACUGAAUGGCUCCAUUCCAUUCAUCCUGAAAGCAGAUAAUGUUCAACCUGCUAGGGGUGAGCUUCUGUUCACCGUUGUGCCAAAUGACUCUGCAAGAGCAAAAACCGCGGCCACGGUCGUCCCCGUCCAGAUUCUUAGGUCCCCUGUUCUCAAUUACACCAAAGGGGGCCUCUUGCACAACACAUCAGACCCACGGAGACCCCCUAAGAGAUUUCAUGGGCUGAAUGAGCGAAACCGCUGGGGCAGUCAUAAUCGGAGUGUAGCCUUAUUACGCAACAUCCCGAGAGCCACCUGGAGCAUGCGGAACGUCACCCAGAGCAACACCACCCUAAGGGCAGAGUCUUUUCCCAGACAGUCCUCCAACACCCUCAUCAUUGUUCUGCCAGUGCUGGCCUUCCUGCUCCUCACGAUCACCCUGGUGGUGCUCACCCUUGUCUCCUGCUACCACAGUAAGAAGCAGACGGCCAUUAGCCAAAACCACUCCAACAAUGUGAGCCCUGGUGGCUCUGACCCAGGCCAGCCGGAGACAAGUGUGGGUCCCCCCUCCGUCAUCUGCCCUACGCUGACCCUCAGCUCCCCCGACAGCCCCAUUCUAGGCCGACCAGGUGGGGGCACUCUGGAUCCCAUUGCUGAUCUGAAGGACCCCUCCCUGCUGCUCUGCGGCUUGGACCAUGAAUCUGCCCAGCUCUGCCUGGCCGCCAGCUCUGCCCGGCAACUCAAGCAGUACUGGCUCUGAUUGGCUGCAAGCUCCACCCUAUAACACAAGCAGUUCUGGCUCUGAUUGGCUCAAUCUAGCUCCACCCUGCAACACAAGCAGUACUGGCUCUCAUUGGCUCAACCCAGCUUUGCCCUACAACACAAGUAGUGCUAGCUGUGAUUGGCUGCCAGCUCCACCCUACAACACAAGCAGUGCUGGUUCUGAUUGGCUGCCAGUUUCACCCUACAACACAAGCUGUGCUGGCUGUCAUUGGCUCAACCUAGGCUCUUUACCUUAUCUGGCCACUGGAGUGUUGUUUUGCUUCAUUUUGUUUUUUGAAACAUUUGCUUGCUCAGGUUCAAUUGUAGCAUUUUAAAAAGCCUAAUAAUGCCAACUAUUUAUAAUAUUGUUGUGAGAUAAUAGAAUAUGUAUGUCAUUAUUACUGGACAUUGAACAAAAUAUUUUUAUAACAUCCUCCUAAUUUUACUGAGCACUAAAACCGAGCAUUAAGCAUUAAUGAUGCUUAUUAAAUCUAGUGGGUCCUAGAAUUAUUUAAUUUGAUGUAUUUUAUAUUUACUAGCAUUUAUAAUGGUAGUAGUUUUAGAGACAAAAAUGUAAAUGAGAAAGCUAAGAUUGGGUAUACAUUGGGCCUUCUUUAUACCUACAGUUUUUGUAUUUGUUCAUACUAUAAACUCAGGAAAGAGAAUAUAACUAAAAAUGAAUUUUCUAAUCCAUUUUCAUUUUUCUCAUGAAACUCUAUUUGAAUUAUGAAAUAUACCAGUCUGCUCUGGUUUGAUGCUUUCAUAAUUUGAAAGAAUUGUUCACGCAACAGAAUUUUCCCAUAUAAAACUUUUGUAAAAGACUCGCACAGGUAUACAAUAUAACACAAUUCAUAGCUGUGCUUUGCUGAAAGAUCUUAUUUCUCUGUUGCACAAAUGGGACAUAUGCCGCAAUUAAAUGUAUGAGGUAUAUUUGUGUAUUUUAAUGCACUGAUUACUGAAUAGCAUCCAAAAUAUGCCCCCCUUUAGAAAUAGGAAAGUAGUGCUUUUUGGUCAUGAGCCAGUAUUCUUGUAGAUGGUUUUUCUUGUAGAAGUAUCAUACUGAAAUAUAUGUGUCAAUAUUUGAAGAUCCCUGUCUGUUGUGUUUGUAAAAGUGAUCAGACAGGGACUCAGAACCCUCUUCAAAACCCAUGUAAUCCUCAGUGUGUCUGCCUGCAUUCUAGCAUAAGUCCUUACAUUAAAUAUUAUAUUCAUGCCAGUGUCAGCAUGACUGGGAGUUACACUUGCCUAAAGUUACUGUACAUCAUCUUCCUGAGUUGCUCAAAGUGUUAUGUGUGCAUGUAUUUAUUAAUUCAUUUAACUUUACUCAAAUAUGUUUGCUUUUGUAUUAAAAACUGAGUGCAGCAUG